AUGGCUGUUUUCCCAAAAGGCAUUAAGGCUGUCCUGGCCAAGGCGCCGACAGACGUUGUGAUACUCUCGUCCCUCCGAACCCCGAUUUGCCGGUCCUACCGUGGCCAGCUUAAGGACGCCUACCCAGAAGAGCUGCUCUCAGUUGUCCUCCGCGCCACCCUCGACAAGAACCCGCAGCUCGACCCGGCGGCUAUUGACGAUGUUGCCGUCGGCGUCGUACUCAACGAGCUGGGCGGGUCCAAGGCGGCCCGCAUGGCCAUGAACCAUGUCGGCUUCCCUUCGACCACUUCCCUGUAUACGACCAACCGGGCGUGCUCCUCGUCCCUCCAAAGCAUCGCCAUGAUCGCCGCCCAGAUCCGCACCGAGAUGAUCGACGUCGGCAUCGGCGCCGGCAUGGAGAGCAUGACGCGCAACUACGGCACCAAGGCCAUCCCCGUCGACCUCUGGCCAGCCCUGCGCGAGUCUCCCGUCCAAGACGCCCUUGACUGCAUCAUGCCCAUGGGCCUGACCAGCGAGAACGUCGCGGCCCGCUAUGGCGUCUCGCGCGCCGACCAGGACGCCUUCGCCGUCGAAUCGCACCUCCGCGCCGCGCGCGCUCAGGCGUCGGGCGCCUUCAACGCCGAGAUCGUCCCCGUUACCACCCGGUUCCAGGAGGUCGACAAGCAGGGGCAGCCUGUCGGCGCCGAGCUGACCGUCACGGUGUCCCGGGACGACGGCAUCCGCGCCACCGCCUCGCUCGAGUCGCUCGCCAAGCUCAAGCCCGCCUUCAAGCCCGACGGCGCCAGCACGGCUGGCAACUCGAGCCAGGUCAGCGACGGCGCGGCCGCCAGCUUGCUCAUGCGCCGCAGCACGGCGGUGCAGCUCGGCCUGGCGGACCGCAUCUUGGGGAAGUUCGUCGCCGCGUCGGUGGCUGGGUGCAGGCCGGAUGAGAUGGGCAUCGGCCCCGCGCUCGCGAUCCCCAAGGUGCUGGCGCAGCUCGGGCUGGACAAGGCGGAUAUUCAUCGGUGGGAGAUUAACGAGGCCUUUGCUAGCCAGGCCAUUUACUGUGUGCGCGAGCUCGGGCUGGAGAAGGAGUGGGCCGAGGGGAGGGUUAACCCGGAUGGUGGUGCCAUCGCGCUGGGACACCCGCUCGGCGCCACGGGCGCGCGCAUGGUCAGCACGUUGUUGCAUGGGCUGGGGAGGAGCGGAGGGGAGUACGGAACUUCGGAGAGUUCAAGGGCCGGAGAUCAUGUUAUUCUCAAGCAGAGCCGAACCGACUACCUGAUGCUGAAAUCAUAG